GCGGGACGUCCGUCUUCGGGUCGCAGCGGCUGUGGUGCUGAUCCCCUGCGAGCGAAUUAAAAAUGGGUGAUGUUGAGAAAGGCAAGAAGAUUUUUGUUCAGAAGUGUGCCCAGUGCCACACCGUGGAAAAGGGAGGCAAGCACAAGACUGGACCAAAUCUCCACGGUCUGUUCGGGAGGAAGACAGGCCAGGCUGCUGGAUUCUCCUACACAGAUGCCAACAAGAACAAAGGCAUCACCUGGGGAGAGGAUACCCUGAUGGAGUAUUUGGAGAAUCCCAAAAAGUACAUCCCUGGAACAAAAAUGAUCUUCGCUGGAAUUAAGAAGAAGGGAGAGAGGGCGGACCUAAUAGCUUACCUUAAAAAAGCUACUAAUGAGUAAUUCCGCGCCUUAUUUAUUACAAAACAAAUGUCUCAUGACUUUUAAUGUGUACCAUAAUUUAAUUCAUACACCAAAAUUCAGAUCAUGUUUUUCUUGGACAGUCCUGAUUUAAGUAAAAAUGACAUGUAGUAAA